UGGAGUGAGUCCAGGCUGCUGCUGCUGCUGCCGCCGCUGCUGCUGCUCCACAUGACGCUGCCAGCGACCGAGCAGCUGAGCUCCGUGCGCAGAUGACUGAGGGUAACAUGUUCAGCGAGGACUCGGCUUGUGAACAGGACUGGACUCAGAGCAGAUAGGGAGGACGGGCACAGCGAGGAUUGCAAUCAGCUUUGCAGAUGAACAGCUGCCAAGUGUUGGAUUUGAAGAUGUGGGCACUGAUGGGAGUAGUCUGCCUGUGCCACUGUGUCUUUGGACAGCUGUUUGAGGCCAAGCACAAAGGAGCACCGCGACUGAUCUGCAGUGUCCCCGGGUCGCCGGGGCCGCCCGGCAAGCCUGGUCCCAGCGGGCCCCCGGGAGCAGAUGGGAAUGUGGGUAUUCCAGGAAGAGAUGGCAGAGAUGGCAGGAAGGGUGAAAAGGGAGAAAAGGGAGACGCAGGGCUGAAGGGAAGGGUAGGCCCGGCAGGUAAGAUCGGAGAACGAGGCGACCGGGGUCCUCCGGGGAAGCGGGGCCCCACAGGAGAGAACGGAGGCGUGGGCCCGCCUGGUCUUCCAGGUCGCGACGGAGAGCAAGGGGAAAAGGGCAAACGAGGGCCGCAGGGGACAGCAGGAAUUUGCAAAUGCGGCAGCCUGCUGCCCAAAUCUGCCUUCUCUGUGGGAAUCACCAGCAGCUACCCCACAGAGAAAAUACCCAUCAAGUUCAACAAGGUCCUCUUUAACGAAGGCGGGCACUACAACACGCAGACUGGCAAGUUCAUCUGCGCGUACCCAGGCAUUUAUUACUUCUCCUACGAUAUCACACUGGCUAACAAACACCUGGCCAUUGGUCUGGUGCAGAACGGUCAGUAUCGCAUCAAAACCUUUGACGCCAACACAGGAAACCAUGACGUGGCAUCUGGCUCCACGGUCAUGUACCUGAACCCAGAGGAUGAGGUGUGGAUGGAAAUCUUCUAUCAAGAUCAAAACGGUUUAUUUUCAGACCCUGCCUGGGCUGACAGCUUGUUCUCUGGCUUCCUCCUCUAUGCAGAUACAAACUACUUCGACGCACUUGCAGAGGACUAUGCAUAGAACACAGACAACACAAAUCUAAAACUGCUAGUCACUGUGAUUAUAAUGCAGUAUGAGCUAAUAUAGCCAAACUAUAUUUUUAUACAAAUGUUGGUACUGCUAGUUAUAGUAAUGGCAUAGAGACUUAUCUAAGGAUAUAGAAUAAUGUUAUUAUACAUAUCUUGAACAAGUGUUUGGAUAAUUUGUUUUUUAGUGGGAUAUAAAAGAGAUAUAAAGUAACUUAAAUAAACAUGAGUGGCAGGUACA